AUGUCGCCUCGAACUCGUGCAGCCCAGGCAUACAAGCCUGCCCUUGCAUCCGUCCAAUUCAUCCAGGCCGGGGCAAGACAGACGACCAGAAGAGCCUACGCAGUGAAAGCAGCUCCCACGCGCCCCGGCGCCCCACGCGACAUGAGCAGCAGCAUACCACUCACCAAGCCCUCGGUGUCGGGCAACGCAGAGAUGACGCAGGCGAGACGUCAGGGGGAUCCGGCGAACGAGUAUCGCGAUCCCAGAGAUAGUCCGGCUAAGACGUUGGAGCAGAAGAAGGCGAAGAGGGGCUAA